AUGCCAUCGUCAUGCUUUCACCAGCCUGGUUACAAAGGCGCUGAACGGCUAAAUGUCCCGUCUUUCUGUUUCCUCAUUGAGCACGAAUCUGGUCAAAAGAUCCUUUUUGACUUAGGGAUCAGAAAGAAUUGGCAGGAUUUGCCUCCUGUGGUCUUGGAAAUGUUUAAAAAACACGAUUUUUCUUUUAAAACUAAAGAAGAUACAUCCACGACUCUUGAAAGGAAUGGAAUCGAUGUAUCCAGCGGUGCAAUCAGCACUGUUAUUUGGAGCCAUCACCAUUUUGAUCAUGUUGGAGAUCUAUCCAAAUUCCCUAGUAAUACAAAGUUGGUUGUCGGAGAUAACUUCAAAAAACACUACUUUCCCGGAUACCCCGAUGACACAAAAUCAGCUCUUUGCCAUCACGAUUUCGGGAAGCGCGAGAUCCAAGAGCUUGUAUUUUUACCCGGGUGUAUGAAAAUUGGGCGCUUUGCAGCUUUUGAUUAUUUCGGAGAUGGGAGCUUUUAUCUUCUGGACACUCCUGGUCAUACAUUAAGCCACAUUUCUGCAUUGGCGAGAACGGAUGCCUUCCCUCCUUCCUUUGUUCUUUUGACCGGGGAUGUUUGCCAUCAUGCCGGGGAGAUUCGACCUAACGAGAGACUUCCAUUGCCCGAGUCGAUUGAGCCGUCCCCGAUUCCUGAAAUAUCAUAUCCUGUUUGUCCGGGUCACUUGUUUCGCUCAAUUCAUCCACACCAAAGCCGAACCAUCCCAUUUUACUCUCUUGCCGAAACUUUCAAUGAUGACUCCAAAGUGGCUGCUUCGUCCAUCACCGGUGUGCAGGAGUUGGAUUGUGAAACUAAAAUUUUGACAUUAAUUACCCACGAUUCAUCUUUACUGGGCGAGAUACCGUUUUUUCCCAAGUCGCUUGAAGGCUGGGCGGAUACCGAUAUGAAAAAGCACUUGAAGUGGAAGUUCUUGGCGGACUUCCGCCAAGGACUUUAG